AUGAAGGAAUUGGUAAUCAGAAAGGACAGAAAAAAGAGGGGAGUGGAGGAUCAACCCAAGAUUAAGUGGGGUAGUUUGACUUUGGCAAGUGCGUUGGAGAUAGAGGGAAAGUUGACGACUCCGGGGGCUUGGAGAGUAAAGGGGAUGUGGAUAGGGGACUGGUGGUGGAAUGAAGAAGUCAAACGGAAGGUGAAGACUAAGAAGGUGGCGUAUGCUAAGUUGGUAAAGAUCAAGGAUGAUGAGGAGAAGUGGACGAAUAAAGAAAAGUAUAAGUUAGCUAGGAAAGAGGCUAAGGUAGCGGUUACUGCGGCGAAAACAAUGGCUUUCGAGAGCUUGUAUGCGGCUUUAGAGGAGAAAGAAGGGGAUAGAAAGUUGUAUAGUCUUUCCAAGGAUAUGGAAUGGAAGGUGCGUGACCUUGACCAAGUGAAGUGCAUCAAGGGAGAGGAUGACAAAGUGUUGGUGGAGGAUGCCCUCAUUAGGAAGAGGUGUAUCAAGGUGGAGGGGGUAAAGGGGGCUAUUCGCAGGAUGCGUAGGGGCAGGACGACUGGGACAGAUGAGAUUCCGAUGGACUUUUGGAAGAGCAUUGACGGGACAAAGUUGAGACUGAGAAGGAUCAUGCCAAUUUCCGAGAAUCAUUUUGGUUUUAUGCCAGAUCGCUCGAUUACUGAGGUCAUUUACCUCGUGAAGAGAUUAGUAGAGCAGUUUAAGGAGAGAAAGAAGGACCUGCACAUGGUGUUUAUCGAUCUUGAGAAGAUGUAUGACAAAGUUCCUAGAGAGAUAUUGUGGAGGUGCGUGGAGGCUAGAGGGGUGCCUGUGGCAUACAUUAGGUCGAUACAGGACAUGUACGAUGAUGCGAAGACUUGA